AUGGACCGUGACCGUGAGAGAGAUCGUGAGCGAGAACGGGAUCGUGAAAGGGAUAGGGACCGUGAGAGAGACAGAGCCCGUGAAAGAGACCGCGACCGCGAUCGAGAUCGAGACAGGAGGUACUAAAUGCCCACAAUUCCUUUCUUACUCCCCGGCCCCAUUCCCGUUCCUACCCCGCUGAACCAAGAGUCAAAAGUUUCCAUGUCGAGAUCUCGUGCUCGCUUCCCAUCCUUCUCGGAUAUCCUCGCUGACGGUAACAAUCCCAAUUAUUUUCCAGAUUCCGCGACUUUCGUGAUCCUUCUCCCCCACGGGGCUUAGAUUCCUAUGUUCCCUCUUCGGGUAGACGGCGACCCUCACCUCGUUCUCCUGUCAGAGGAGAUAGCUGGGUUCCAACGCGUCAUGUCCGUAGAGUGAGUUCAAGAUCACCGCCGUUCCCAGAUAGAGGAGGCCGCUCCCGUACUCCCCCCCGCCGGUCAUUACAGUCCCCAUCGAGGUCUCCGCCUCCACGCGACAGGGAACGGGACAGAGGGAGGUCCCGAAGCCCGCCCCGACGAAGAGACAGAAGCCGUUCGCUUACACCCGUACGUAGAGGUAAUGGCAGAGUGA